UGCAUCAACUAGUAAUGAGGACAUGACUUACAUUUGGGACUUUGCUGGCCAGCAGCUCUACUAUAUUACACAUCGAAUAUUCCUAACAAGUGAAGCGGUGUAUUUGAUUUUGUUCAAUUUGAUGGAAGGUAUGCACGACAAGGGGAAGUGUAGAGUCUCUAGAAUGGAAAAACAAGAUGUGAUGACAUAUGAUAUGACAAAUGUACAGAUUAUCAAAUACUGGAUGAGGUUGAUAUAUACUUAUGCUGUCCCUGUUGAGUCACAAGCACAGGCUACACUGCAAGCCAAGAAACCUCAAAUUGUGGUGGUUGGUACUCACGGCGAGAGCCUACAGGGUACCGCUGAAGAAAAGAAGAAGAAGAUUGAAGAACAGUUUGGUAUAAUAUUUGAAGAAAUCAAAUGCACUCCAUAUGAAUGUCACGUGGUGAGGAAAAUGUACGCUAUCGACAACAAGUUUCCAACGCAAAGCGAGAUGCUGACAACACUUAAACAAGAUGUUGGUGGAUUUCUGAAAGCAAUGCCCAAAACCAUCCCGCUCAAAUGGCUUGAAUUCCAGCAUAUUUUGCAGGAGAAUGGUAGGACAGCUGUGCGAAUGAGUUAUUCUAAGGUCUGUGAAGUCGCGACUAGCUGUGGAAUUUCCGUGAAGAAUCUGAUCCACACCCUCAACUACCUACAUGAUCUUGGAAUCAUUUUGUACUUUGAGAACAACAAACUACUGAAGGACACAGUGAUAACAAACCCACGGAAGCUGAUUGACAUCUUCAGGAAAAUCAUCACAGUGGUGGAACCUGAUGACAUUGAUAAGUUGGCUUCAAUGAUCAAGCUGUGGAAUAAACUUGAUAAUGAAGGUAUACUGGAGGAAGAGUUAGUCAGACAUCUUUGGAGAGAUGAGAUUAGCGAAGAUGAAUCUAGCUUUGAGGUCUACUUGGAGUUGAUGAAGCAGUUUGGACUGCUCUGCGAGCAGAUCAAGCAUCAGGCAAGCAAAUAUCGCUCGUUUUUCGUACCCUGUCGAUUGAAACGUAGCAAGGACAAUGUGUCUGUUGAACCGGACACAGCUCAGAUGGUAUCUAUCUACAUGGCCUCCGAGGAUUUCAUCCCCGAUAGUGUCUUCCAUCCUCUAGUGGUGAGCUUGAUUGGAAUGGUACAAGACAUGGGCUACACAGCCAUGCUGGAAUUAUUUAGCAACUAUGCAGACAUCAGCCUAGGACUUGAACACACUCUCAGCUUAGGACCAGUAGUCAUUAAUAACAAGCCCUCAUUGAAGCUGGAAAUAUCACGGAUGCGUAUCACUCACGAGGACGGUAGCAAGACAUCAACAGGUGAACCCAGUCCUAGAAUCUGUAUGCAGGUGUUAGAGUUUCUGAAGAAAGAGAUGGAAGUGCUGACAUCUGGAAUGAAGCACACACGUUAUAAGUUCCGUGUGCUGUGCUGGACAGGUUUGCGAGAAAUGCACUUCCACGAUUUGGAAGAGUGCCUGGAAAACGCCUAUAUCCGAUGCUCUAAGAAAUUAGUAACCACUGCAAAACUACAGAGGAUGUUCAAGAAUAAGCAACUAGUGACAGAUUCUUCAAUGCCACCAGCAGUUUCCAGCGAUGCUGAAACAGCGCCACCAGAUAAACGUCUUGGUUAUCUUGAAGAGAAGCACCUGCUUCGUAUCGCCCAGGGCAUGGGAAUGGAGUGGAAACAACUGGGCGUCAGAUUGGGUCUCAGUUGGAAGAGGAUCCAACAAAUAUGGAGUGAUAAGAGACAAUUGCCAGAGAGCAUAAUGGAUAUGCUGACAGAAUGGAGGAAACAACAGAACUAUGAGACAAAUCAAGUUGAGAUGAUGUGCAAAGCUUUGAAGGAACAAGGACUCACAGAGCUUGCUAACAAAAUCUUUGGCUCUCAAAUGUCAGAGGUUAAAGAAGCCAAUGACAAUGCAGGUGAAAAUACGAGAGAAUACGAUGGAUUCUUGGCAGACAUUGAUAUGCAAUUUAUUGCUGAGGAGCUUGGCAAGGACUGGAAAUCCUUUGGCAGCAUCAUUGGUCUGAAGGAACCUGAAAUAGAAAGAAUUGAGAUGGACUUUUCACCACCAACUGUGGACGCAAGUCUGGAAAUGCUAGUCAAGUGGCAAGAAAGGCAAAAAGCUGGAGUAAACCACCUUGGAAAGAUGUGUGAUGCAUUGGAAGAACUUGGAAAGGCAGCUGUUGCUGAAGCACUCCAGAAAUACUACUAGGGAACUUAAUUAUAAUGCAAGAAGAACAUUUGUAGAUACACAUUGGUACCAACAAUUUCAAAAGACGGUUACACAGUGGUUAGGCCAGGGGCUAGCUGUUCCCCCGCUCCCUUCAGGAAGAGCAAAACCUCAACCACUGCCAUUAUGACUAGCGGCGUAACAAAGGGAUGGGAGGCUGCUGGGUAGGGGCCUUUUAGGAGCCCACAAGCUAGGGGCGGGGGGAAGUGAAGAGCGUUCUUAGUUAGCGUUCUAUGACAUAUUUUAAUGUCUGUUUACACAUUGAAAUUUUAAGUUUAUAUAUCGUGAUUUGACACAUAAAGCGUACUUAAUUUAAACUAAUAAUCACUAAUAAACAUCUCUGUUAUGGAUUAAAUACCACAGACUUUGGCUUGAAAAAGGGCUUUGGUUAUUCAUUUGUUUAAAAAAAUAUAUUGGAAUUUGCUCGGGGCCCUUGAGGCUCCGGGGCCCCUGGCUUUAGCCAGUGAGAGCUCACAGCCGUUACGCCACUGAUUAUGACACUCAAUAAAGUUAAUGCCGCAGUGCACGUAUCCUAGGGCAAUAAUGGUAUUAAGAAAAUACAUGAAGUUAUUCUUUAACCAUAGAAUCAAAUUUUUGGGACAGCAAAUUUGCUUUAUAAAUUAUACAAUAUAUUUUGUUUAUAAUAUAAUAAUAUGAUGGAAUUAUACAAAUUAGUAAACACUUUCUCAUUUAAUAUU